CACAUACUCAGCUGCUGUCAGACGGCAAUCGCCCCGCAGCUGUGAACAUGUCAGUGGCACUGGAGGGCAACAUCUUGGUGACUGGGACCAGCAGAGGGAUUGGUCUGGAGCUGGUCAGACAGCUGGCUCAGAAGUCGGGCGGAGGUGCUCACAUCUACGCCUGCUGCCGGGAGCCUGAAGGAGCCGGGGGCCAGGCUCUGAGGCAGCUGUCUGCUCAGCACCCAGGAAAGAUCAGCAUCAUCAAACUUGACGUGGCGGAUGAGCAGAGCAUCUCGGCUGCUGUUGAAGCCGUGAAGAAGAAGGUUGGAGCUUCGGGGCUGAACCUCCUCAUCAACAAUGCUGCCAUCAACAAGCCCGCCUCACCUGCAUCCCUGCUGAGCACCGGCAAAAAGGACAUGAUGGAGGUGUUCGAGACCAACGUCGCUGGACCCUUUCUCCUCACCAAGAUGCUUCAUCCACUCCUGCAGAGCGCAGCAAAGAGCUGUUCGGCUGCUGAAGGUAUGUCCUGCAGGAGGGCAGCUGUCAUCAACGUGUCCACCCUCCUGUCCUCCAUAGAGAAAUGUCCGGAAACAUUUGCCAUGGCUCAAAUGUAUCCCUACAGGACCAGUAAGGCAGCGCUGAACAUGCUGACCAGCUGCCAGGCUGAGAACUUCAGAGCAGACAACAUCCUGGUGGCGGCCGUGCAUCCUGGCUGGGUCCGCACCGACAUGGGAGGAGAACAGGCCCCUCUGACCACUGAGGACAGCGUGCUGGGUAUGAUCCGCGUGUUAUCAACGCUCAGCAGCAAACACAGCGGAAAGCUCCUGGACUGGGAGGGCAACAGCAUCCCCUGGUAGCCGUCUCCAUGGAGACCACACCAACAGUGUCAUCAUCCAAAUAGAAAUGAUCCUUUUUCUGGUGAAUGUUUAUCCAUGAAAUAAAGUAAGUUAUCCCAAA